AUGCUGCCCGGCCGGCCAAGGAAGGUCCUGGAAGGCUGCCAGGACAAAACAAGGGGCCUCCAAGACGAUCCAAGAGGCCCCGCACGAGAGGCUCCAAGAGAGACCGCUCGGACAAUCGGCCUGCCGUCGUGCAGCCGCGCGGGCAGUGCAGAGGGGGUGCCAGGAAGCUUCGAAUGUGAAACACGGGAUGCGAUCCUGGCGGCGAAACAGACCAGCGGUAAAUGCAACAUCAACGGCAUGUGCGAAUGUAUGCGAGGACACAUGUGCAAACUAAACGCCGCAUACAUCUCAAUCGACGACUACAUGGCCCUCCCAGCAAACAACAAAGGAGUCAGCGGUUGUGCCAUCAGCCUCAGGAAUCAUUUAUGA